UGACAUUUUACGACGAGGAUUCCACUGGCGUAACUUGCAAUAUCUUUGGCCGUCUGGUGCUGUGACUAAUCGGUGUGAGGUGCUGAAGACUAGAAGGCGAGAGGCUCAGCCCAGCGCCCGACGGCGAUCCCCUUGAAGCCUGGACUGCAAGACCACAGGGAGGCAGUACCGGAGCUCUGAGGACUCGCCCGCCAUCACGCCGUCCUGCGCCCCAGCUGGCCCGCACCGCGUCACAGCGUGCAGGACUGAGCGCCUCUUUGCCCUCUGCCAGGCCCCAGAAGUGCCGUCCUUCGGUCGAACUGAUGGGCAGCAGGCCUCGAAGCCCCGGUGCCUACUCCUCAGACCGAUGGGGAAACGAGGCCGAAGAAACCGGCCCUGCCAAGCGCCGCCGAACGGAGGCGCGCGCGCGCCCAGAGUCCGAGUCCGAGACGGCGCCCAGCGUGGGCAACCUGACAGGACCUACGGCUGCGGGCGCUCUCACACGCGUGCUGGUUCUGCCCGCUGGCUGUGCCCUGCAUCUGCCCCUGGACGACGUAGAUCUGGUGCUGGAGCCCGAGCCCACGUCCGUGCUGCAGGUGGCUCUCGGAGAUUUCAUCCUCACACUGAUCCCCGAGGCCCUCUUGGGCUCGAGGGUGGAAGGCCCGUCGGGACAGGUCCUUGAACGGGCCGCUCUCCUGAGCCCUCCCGGGGAGUACACGGCUCUGGAACCGGGAUUCUGCGCAGCUGUGCCAGAGGUCGCCUGCGAAGAAGAGACCAACGGGGACGACGCCGACUCGGGCUCUGACUUCCUGUCACCAGAGAUGGAUCCGGCAGGCGGCCUCAUAGCUGGGCUCCGCAGCCCAGACGCCAGCGUGUGGCGCUCCGACGCACAGGGCUUCUUCCCAGAGUUCUGGCCUCGGGCGCCUAACCCUAGUCCAGAGAGAUGCUCUCCUCACCACGACGACCACCUAGACGUGCACCUUCUGGAGCCCUUCCCUGACUCACCACUCCAACCUCUACCGCCUUCUCCAAGUCCAAGCCCUCACGAGCGCCCCCCGCGCCCUCGCGGUCCUGCGCCCAAGGCUCGGAGAUGUCUGUUUCCAGAAUGAACUACACUCUGGGCCACAAGGACACAAUUGUAGCUACCAUCCUGGCGGUCCAAUGGACUUCCCAGUGUCCUUGACAUUGAAAGUCCUACAACCUGGAAAUUAAGCAUCUCAUGUGCCUUGUACCAACAAUUUCUUUUUCACUCCAGACUGGCUAUAGUGGUAGGAGAAGACGUCAAGAAGAGAAAGCAGAUUCUAGACCUCAUCUUUGAAAUGGAAAAUCUGUCCAGGGAUACCGGACAAUGUGUUUUCAGACUUUUGGACUUUUUUACGCAUCAUUCUCAGGCCUCUCCAUUCCCCUUCCUUUCGCAUCAGUUAUUUUCUCUCAAAUUGUACUCUGUCUUGCACCAUACGAUUACUAUCCUAUAGCUCCCCCAAACAGGAAAUUGCUGGGGAUUUCUCAUGUUGUUAAUUUCCUUCCUUAUAUGUUUUCUCAUGAAUUUAUAAAGAUAUUUAGCCAG